CUUUCUACCAUCAGUGACUACUAAUUUAUUCCACUCGGCAUCUCGAGUCUUCUGAUUUUCUGAAUCACUUUUUGUUUGUGCAAAUGCAGACGGGGACGAACGAGUGAGCGUGCACGUACCACGCAUGCGCCGUAUUGCUUUGCAUGCAAACACUGCAAUGGGUGAAGCUGCCGAGAUAAAGAACGGCAUUCGUGAUUCUGGAUGUAAAGCUGGAGGGAGCCUGCCCUGCUGUUUCGCGCCAAACAUAAAAUCGGGCAACUUUUUUUUCAAGCCGAUAGCCAGCAGAUCAUUAACCUUUGGGGAGACACGUUUGGGAAAUUAUUCGCUUGGAAUGACUUUCAGCAUUGUGGAUAAGGCUUGGAAAAUAUAUCCUGUUCGUUUUUUAGAACAUUGUUUUUGGUGACGGUAUCUUGCAAGGCUGCCUGAUCCCUCACGAUUGAUAGAAUACCUCAUCUAUGGAGACAAAAUGGAAAGCUGUUGAGUGAUAUGCAUUUCGGGAUUUGAUACUCGCCGGAGGUACUUUGUCAACCUGAAUUGUUGAAAUGAUUUCGCAUGUUGAAGCAUAUUACCUAUAGAAACAUCGACUUGCAUCCAUAUCCAUGUUCUGAAGCGAACUCAUUUUGUCAACGAAGCCCUUUGAAAUAGAAAAAACAAUAUCACUAGUCUAGAGUGAACUUUUACAAGAGCAAAACGAUCGUAUUGAGAACUGUUGGUGCAAUCUUUUACAAGUAAUUUGUUUGGCUUACUUCAAUGAGUGGAGAAAAUCGGCUAAACUAAUUACUUAAUGCAGACAAGGUAAAAGGACAAAUUAGAACUGAAGGGAAUUUAUCCCCAACAUCGUUCACGACCAUCAUCUGGCCACACAUUUUUUGCAAAUGUUUCCCGGUCAGUUCAUCGCGAGACAUUAUGAAAUGACAACAGUCCAUGGCUUGGUGACCAUGGAGAGAGAUGACAACCGAUCAUCCCAUACUUCGCACUUGGCGCGAUCGGUCAUGUCGCCUUCAGGAGAUGAGAAUACUAUCGCGAAUACCAAGGAGUGGUACUAUGAAUCGGGUAACUCAACAGGUAACACAUCUGAGCUUCUCAUGGAUGAAUUCCGGGGUCCACUUGAUGGUCAAGGGAUACCUAGGACCAUUGCGGUGGGUUGCGUGCUCUGCUUAUGUUGCUGCCUUACCAUAUUCGGAAAUACACUUGUAAUUGCUGCUGUAUACAGAGAACGGAAUCUGAGGACGGUAACAAAUUAUUUCAUUGUUUCACUCGCUUUUGCCGAUUUGUUGGUGGGAAGCAUUGUGGUGCCAUUUGCGAUCAUUGACACUUUGACCGCCGGGUACUGGUUCUUUGAUGCCAUUUGGUGUGACUUAUGGCACGCGUUCGACGUUUUAGGGUGUACGGCCUCUAUUCUGAACCUUUGUGUCAUUUCUUUGGAUCGGUACUGGGCAGUCACGCAUCCAAUGAGCUACCCUACGAGAGUUACCAAAAAGAUGGCAGGACUUCUCAUCGUUGUUGUGUGGCUCGCCUCGGCUGCUAUAUCAUUCCCUUGCAUCCUGGUUUGGCGUGCCGUGGAGCCCCCGCAUCCCCCUAGAAUGUGCAUCUUUCCACAGAACCCUUGGUAUCUGGUGAUAUCGUCAUGUGUGUCUUUCUACCUACCUAGCUUAAUCAUGAUGUUUACGUACUACAAAAUCUACAGGGCGGCUGUAACUCAAAUGAGACACAUCCGAUCAGGGACCAAAUUAGUAUGCGCCAAAGCAGCUGAUAAAUCGCAUAUGAACGGCGCAGUGUCCUUGCGGAUUCACAGAGGGGGAGGGGUAAAGUCUACCUUCAAUACCCAGCAUUCCAAUAAUAACUUACACAAUGGACUACCACCAGAAAUGCGGCCUCUUAACGUUCGACGGGACACCAAAAUCGCGCUCACGCAAGCCGCUGGUCGUCGGCUUCUCUCCAGAAUGAACAAAGAACAUAAAGCAGCUAAGACUCUUGGUAUCGUCGUUGGUGUCUUCAUUCUCUGUUGGUUGCCUUUCUUCAUUAUCAAUGUGAUGGCACCAUUUUGUUUCGAGACCUGCAUACUUUCUCCCGACCUUGUAAUACCCUUAGCAACAUGGCUCGGCUUUAUAAACAGUGCAUUAAACCCAGCGAUCUACGCUUUCACCAGCCGUAACUUUAAGCGAGCUUUUAAGCGAAUUCUCUGCCAAUGCUGCUUGAAGAAGAAAAAGAGACAAUACAUAGAAGGACAUUCUGUGAAAGACAGUACCCGUUUCAUGAGCAUUGAUUCAGUAUAUUCUAUGGGUGAUAUCGCUCUUCAGUAACGGAAGCUCCUUCAUCAAACCUCAAUACUUUUAAUUAUCAUUCAAUUAAUGUUCCAAAGAAAUCGUGCACUUUAAAAAAGCGGUGGUAAUUAAAUCAUGAAGAGUAUAUUGAUUAAGUUUGAUUAUCUGUACCCACCGAUAAUUGACAGCUUUCGUGAGUCAUUGUCGGUGUACAGACAUUAGGGGUAAGACUAAGUAAACAACUGUCUAUCUAGAGAAUUAUCAUCUAGUCACGAGUUGAAUAUGGUAAAAUCAAGCUGUUCUAACAGUGGAAUCGAAAAAUCAAUCGAAAGCGAGAGCGUAUACAAGAAAACCGUAAUUGAGAUUCAUCACACUUUAUCUCUGGCAUAAUCAUUGGGGCCAAAACACCAUACAUUCCUAAGCAAACAUCUGCCUUAUAGGAGAAGAGCUUUGUUACGACAAGUUGAUAUUUUAGUUUAUAUAUCUAAUAUCAAGACUUUUUCACUUCUAUUUCUUUACUGAAAUUCGGAUUUUUGGUCCAUGGUUAUGUACGUGAUUAUCAAUGUCAUUUGCUUCUUACUUUGUUUAAUAUCAAUGCAUCACCAGAUUGUUUGUUUCUGCGAAAUUGAAAGUAUUGGCUCGCGAUGUCUAUUUGUUUUCAAAAGUCGAUGGAAAGAAUUCGUCCAUAGACCUGUUGAUUUUGCCGAAUGUGGUGUUCAUGUUAGUGCAUACGAAGUGGCUCAAGAGAGAUUUGUAUCCUAAGCUUUGUGAUCGAGUAUCAAGUACAUUGGUUAUCAUACUAAAGUUUAUGCUAUCUGGGUCAGAUGUGAACACACUGCUUCAUCAUAGUCUCAAUGUAGAGGUGUCGUGGUCGAGUGGAUAUGUCACCGCACUGUGGAUC